AUGGCAGCAUCACAUGGAGCGCCGAGAAUUGAGGCGGAGAAGGUUGUCGGAUACGAAUUCGACGAGUCAGAAUAUGAGUACACAGCGAAGGACGUGGCACUAUACGCGUUGGGCGUUGGGGCAUGCUCGUCUGACGCGUGUGACUCUAUCGACCUGCCCUUCGCCUAUAAUCACCUCUUCCAGGAUCGAUUCUUUGUCCUCCCCACCUUUGCGGUUCUCUUCCCCUCCUCCCUCAUCGAGCAACUACUCGCCGUCGAUGGGCUCGUCUUCGAUCCGGCUCUAUUGCUGCACGGAGAGCAGUACCUAUGCCUCUUCCGCCCCCUGCCCACCUCUGCCAAGGUGGUGAAUCGAGCGCGCAUAUCAGCGCUGAAGGACAAGGGCAGGGCGGCCAUAGUGGACGUGGAAACAGUGUCGUUCGACCGCGAGUCAGGCGCCAGGCUGGCAGUCAACAGGUCAUCCAUUGUGCUGCGUGGUGCCGGGGGGUUCUCCUCCAAACUUGCCUCCACACCUGCCACCACGCCACGUCCUUCCGCUCCCACCACCUCCACGAACCCAUCUCAACCGCAACAGCAACCACAACAACCACCACCAGCACGUGGCAGUGCGUCAGUCGCCAGACAGCCAUCCGUUCGCCCAGCACCCCAUGCAUCAGCAGAGGAGCGCAUCCCCCCCAAUCAGGCUCUGCUGUACCGCCUCUGUGGCGACCUCAACCCCCUCCACUCCGACCCUGAAUUCGCCGCCACUGCAGGCUAUCCUCGCCCGAUCCUGCACGGCCUCUGCACGCUCGGCUUUGCCACCCGAGCCAUCCUCCGAACCUGCUGCAGGGGCGACCCGAGCCUCUUUCACAGCGUGCAGGUUCGGUUCACCGGGCAUGUGUUUCCUGGGGAAACUCUCAUCACCCGAACCUGGCAGCCCGUGUCCAUACCAGCAUCAAGCGCAGCAGGGGAAGAUGAGCCAGCAGGAUCGGGAGAGGGGGGCGUGGGAGCAUGGGGGAGGCCGUUGAUGCGUGUGAGCUUUGAGUGCUGGAUCGCAGAGCGCAACAGGAUGGUGCUGUCUGGGUGGAUGCAGCUGUGUGCUGACAGUGAAGGCACGGACAAUGAAUUCACGGGAAGAGAUGUUACGGGCGGAACCCGCUUGGCCAAGCCACGCUUGUAG